UGCUUCCCUUGCUGAUUAGAUUAGACCGCUGCAUAUUUGUCUCUAUGCUCGCAUUUGGAAGGUUUGCUCCUCAGGGAUAUAUAAUACUAGCACAGGAGGAAUAACAAGCCUCUCUGAUUGAUCAAUUAGCACUAUAAAAAGUAGAAAUCCCACACCACAUUCCUCUGAGAAAGAGUGUGUGGUUUUUUGAGUGUGAGCAUUGUAGAAUGGAGAAAGCUCUGGUUAAAGUUGGAAGCAUAAAAGCAGGAAGCUUUUGGCUUACGAAGAAGGCCAAAGAAGAAUUCAACAACAUAUCUGAAGAUCUCACUACUUUCUCAAGUACUGUUGAAGAGAAGGCAAAAUGGAUUUUCAACAAGCUAAAAGGAAAGCCUCUGAAAAGCUUGCCAGAUCUUCUUCGAGAAUACAACUUACCACCCGGUCUGUUUCCUCAGAAUAUAUCAAGCUAUGAAUUUGAUGAGUCGAAGUCCAAGCUGACUAUUUACUUGCCAACAGCAUGCGAAGUGAGCUUCAAGGACUCCUCUGUGAUAAGGUAUGCCCCAAGGGUGAAAGGCAUCCUCACGAGGGGUAAACUAAUGGGCAUCGAAGGAAUGAAGACAAAAGUGGUGGUGUGGGUUAAGGUGACAAAUAUAGCUGUUGAGGGCUACAAAUCAGAUAAACUUUGGUUCACAGCUGGUGUGAAGAAAUCAAGGCCAAAGGUUGCCUAUGAUGUGCCUCAUGAUGCAAUUAGGAUUAAAGAAUUUUGAUACUAUAAUAUCUUAACGGGUCAUCAUUUCCUCCCUCCCUCCUCUUGACAACAUUGCCAGUGUUCUUUUCCCAUUUAUCAUGGGUUAGACUAGUUUAAGUCAUGAAUGAUGCUAAGUAUUAGGUUCUGUAGCCCGUCAGUCCUUGGUACUUUUUAUGCUGAUAUUUGGAUGGAAAUAAAUGAUUGGGUCUAAAUGCAGCAAUGAUUUAGCUUCUGGAGAUGGUGAUUGGUUAA